AUGGGCUGGUUCGGGAGCUCAGAAAAAUCGGCGCCGGAUGCUGCAUCGCGUCAAGACAGGCAACGUUGCUGGGACAGUAGAGACGUUUACUUUACCUGUCUAGACGCUGCAAAUGUGAUCAAACCUGGAGACGAAGGGAAAGCUUGCGAUACAUCCAAAGCAGAAUAUGAAAGAGACUGUGCCAGAAGCUGGAUUGAAUACUUUAACAAGCGUCGAGUACUUGCAGAGCAACAGCAGGGGGUCUUAACACAAGCAAAGAACCAAAUCAACGCCGCGAAGAAUUCAUGA